CUCAUGAUUGUGCGAAGACGCUCCUUGAUCCAAACGGCCCCGAGCCAUUGAAAUGAUGAUAUCAGAGGAUAAAUCUAAGCUAUUUCCACACACACGACGCUUGCAUCCGAUGUGUUUAUUUCACGCUCGUGACCUUUAGUUUUUCUAAUGUGCUUUUGUAUACAAUGGUUACAAAACAAUAAUCGUUUCCGCGUCACCGUCAAAUGCGCGCCCCCAGUAGAAACCUGCACAAGGAUCACACAGGGAUCUUAUUGUUAGAUGAGAAGACGAGUGAGGGAGGUCCCACAUGUGAGUUAUCUCCACCAGAGAGAUAUAAGCAUUGAGAUUUCCUGCACAGCAAAACCAAACUAAAAGCCUGUAUAUACAGGACAGCCAAAGCAGAAAACAGAAAAUGGCUUGAAACACAUCGACAAGACGAGGAUUCAGCAAGGCAAAAUGGAAAAUCACAUCCUAUCCGUGCAAUUUCUGUCUUAUGCUAAGCAACAGAUACUUUGUGGGGAAAUGAAGGAGCUCAGAUUUUCCUGAUAAACACUCACUCUCUUGCAAGCUUCGGAGUGAAAUCCCAACCAUGGCUGUCAUUUGGGUCCUGUUCUCCAUGCUGACUGUAUGUAUGGCAAUCAAUAUGGAAGCUACUGGGAGCCAUAGCAUGUUUACCUGUGAACCGAUCACAUUACGGAUGUGCCAGGGCCUCACCUACAAUACCACAUUCAUGCCCAACCUUUUAAAUCACUAUGACCAACAAACCGCUGCUCUCGCAAUGGAGCCUUUUCAUCCUAUGGUGAAUUUGGAGUGCUCUACAGAAAUCCGCCCCUUUCUGUGUGCCCUUUAUGCACCCGUGUGCACCGAGUAUGGCCGUGUGACCUUGCCAUGUCGACGCCUGUGCCAACUUGCUAAGAGCGAUUGCUACAAACUCAUGGAAAUGUUUGGGGUCACCUGGCCAGAUGAGAUGGAGUGUAGCAGGUUUCCAGAAUGUGAUGAUUCUUAUCCACGAGCUAUAGAUCUUCUCCCCAUUAGUGAUGGUACAGAAGAAUCUCCUUCAUCUGUUCAACGGGACUACGGUUUCUGGUGCCCACGAGAGCUAAAGAUUGACCCCGAGCUGGGAUACUCAUUUAUGGGUGUGCGCGACUGCUCGCCCCCUUGCCCAAACAUGUACUUCCGCAAGGAUGAGCUCAUCUUCGCCCGCUAUUUCAUUGGGGUCGUCUCCAUCGUCUGCUUGUCCGCCACGCUCUUCACCUUCCUGACCUUCCUCAUCGACGUCGGCCGAUUUCGCUACCCGGAGCGGCCCAUCAUCUUCUAUGCCGUCUGCUACAUGAUGGUGUCCCUGGUCUUCUUCCUGGGUUUCCUAUUGGAGGAUCGCGUGUCGUGUAAUGCCUCAAGCAUCGGUCGAUUCCGCGCCUCCACCAUCACCCAGGGCUCCCAUAACAAAGCCUGCACACUGCUCUUCAUGACCCUUUAUUUCUUCACCAUGGCAGGUAGCGUGUGGUGGGUCAUCCUCACCAUCACCUGGUUCCUGGCUGCCGUUCCCAAAUGGGGAAGCGAAGCUAUUGAGAAGAAGGCUUUGCUUUUCCAUGCCGUGGCUUGGGGGGUACCGGGAGCACUCACCAUCACCCUCAUGGCCAUGAACAAAAUCGAGGGCGACAGCAUGAGUGGCGUUUGCUUUGUUGGGCUUUACGAUCUAAUGGCCCUGCGAUGGUUUCUCUUGGUUCCUCUCGCAUUGGAUGUGGUCGUAGGCGUGGUGCUGCUGUUAGCCGGCAUCGCUGCACUUAAUAGGGUUCGAAUGGAGAUCCCUUUAGAGAAGGAGAACCAGGACAAGCUGGUGAAGUUCAUGAUUCGGAUUGGCGUGUUUUCAGUGCUGUAUCUGGUGCCUCUACUGACAGUGAUUGGAUGCUAUUUAUAUGAGCAGAGCUACAGAUCAGUCUGGGAGAGCACCUGGGUACAGGAGCGGUGCAGAGAGUACCACAUUCCCUGCCCAAUGAAGGUGGAACAAACAAGCAGGCCAGAUAUCGCCUUGUUUCUCAUUAAGUACCUGAUGAUGCUGGUGGUGGGCAUCCCAUCGGUGUUUUGGGUUGGAAGUAAAAAGACCUGCUUUGAGUGGGCUGGUUUCUUCAACGGGCAACGCAGAAAAGACAGCGCGGUGCACGAGAGCAGGCAGGUGCUCCAGGAGCCUGACUUCACCCAACUUCUCCUCAGGGACCCCAACAUCCCAGUGGUGAGAAAGUCCAGAGGCACCUCAACGCAGGGCACCUCCACUCACGCUUCCUCCACGCACCUCGCCAUGUUGGACGAACCCCCCAGUGCCAGCACCAGCCGUGCGAGCAGCAAGGCCAGCAGCUUUCAUGGCAGUCUGCACCGCUCACGAGAUGGGAGGUACACAGCCAGUAGUUUCCGUGGUGCCGAAGACCGUCUGCCUCACGGGAGCACCCUACGGCUCAACGAUCCCCUACAGCACUGCAGCGUCAACCGCCUUGACAGCCAUUCGCGACAUGGCAGUCUGCAGCGUCUGGAGAGCCAAUCGCGGCACAGCAGCGUACGGGACCUCAGCAUCACUGCCCAGACCAUCCAAAGCGUUCCUGGCAACGGGAUUCACCGUGUCAUAGAGGAGGAUGGAACCAAGGCAUGAACCUUAAUAUUGCAGCAGAUGAGAGCAAAUGAGUGAAAAGGACAUUGAGAUGAAGAAUUCACAUUGACUCCUAAUUCACAUUAAAAGAAUUCUCACCGAUUUUGAUUUCACAGUGACUGGAUUCACAUUGACACUGGAUUUACAUUGACACUGAACUCAUAUUGGCUCUGAAUUCACAUAAAAUGAAUACACACUGACAAAUUCACAUUGGUUCCGAAUACACACUGACAAAUUCACAUUGGCUCUGAAUUCACAUUUACUGAAUUCGGACUGACUCUGAAUUCCUAGAGACUGAAUUCACAUUGACACUGAACUCAUAUUGGCUCCAAAUUCACAUAGACUGAAUUCACAUUGACUCUGAAUUCCCAUAGUAUGAAUUAACAUUGACUUUGAAUUCACAUUGACACUAUAUUCAUAUUGGCUCUGAAUUCACACAGACUGAAUUCACACUGACAAAUUCACAUUGGCUCUGAAUUCACAUAUACUGAAUUCAUAUUGACUCUGAAUUCCCAUAGACUGGAUUAACAUUGACUUUGAAUUCACAUUGACACUGAACUCAUAUUGUCUCUGAAUUCACAUAUACUGAAUUCACAUUGACUCUGAAUUCCAUUUGACACUGAACUCACAUUGGCUCUGAAUUCACAAUGACUCUGAAAAAGAAAAAUAAUACAUCUUUGAGAUCCCUAGGCAUGAAUCUGGGACCUUGGGAUAACAUUCACCAAUGCUUUACCAAUGUAAAAUAAUGGGAAACAACUCAGCCGAAUGGACUUUAUGAAUUCUGCUGUUGAAGACUUGUAUGUUUUCAGGUUAAAUGCUGUACUGUACUGUAAAGAUUUUCUCAGAGAUAUGAAAUAAUGAGAUGGUGAAAGCUGUGUGGAAUCAGUGUGUUUCUACAUAAACAGGGUUAAAGGUAAGAGCUUCUUAAGCAUCAUUCUGUGAUGUGUUGAACUUCUUACUGUUUAAUGUUUUAAUGCUUUAAAGUUCUGGUUUGAAACUGCUUUUUUAUUGUUUGUUGCACUUUUGACCGUUUUGUAGGACUCAACUUGUAUCUUGAUACUGUAAGUCUCGCACAUUGAGGUUGGACUAUGAAUUUGAUAAAAAAAGUAAAACACAAAAAGUUAGAAUAGAUAUAUUUUAGACUUAUUUCUUAAAUUGGCAUAUCAACUGAGCUCUUCUCUGUUGAGUUUUAGCACUAACACGAAUUAGUUGUCAUUUUCGUAUCAACAUAAUUUACCGAAAACUGUGAAAAUACUUUUUUAAUAACAUGUCCGUAAAUGAGCAUCCCAGGUAAUUUAUGUACAAAAUAAAG